GGAUAGAGAUUAUGAAGCUUUGGAAGAUCAAUUAUUACAAUUACAACGCUCUUAUACUGAAUUAUCUCAAAAAUAUGCAAAAACUGCCGCUGAAUUGGCUUUACAUCAAGAUAAUUAUGAUGAAAUUGAAGUAUUAAAGAAUGAUUAUCCCGGAAUAAAAUUAAGGGUGGUUUCUGAACAAGAGAUAGAACAAUAUGAAAAAACAAUAUCUUCACUCGAAAGUAAACUUGCUAUUACUAGUGCUGCUUUAUCUCAUUCGGAUUCUAUGUUAAAAGAACAAGAAAGUCGAAUAGAAAGUGCUGAUUCUACAAGUCAACAAAACAAAGAUUUAGUUUCUAAUCUUCAAAAAUAUAUUAAAGAACUUGAAUCAAAACUUCAAAAACGUGAAAUUGAUGCUCGUAUUGCCGCUUCUCGUGAUAAUCUCCCGGAAAAAUUCAUUAGUGAAACUAUACAACUUUUGGAAUCAAGACUUAAAGAAAAAGAAGAUGCUUAUUCUGAACUCGAAGAAAAAUUUAAUAAUAUUCAAGUCGCUGAUCCUAAUAAUAAUGAUUCUUCUCCUGAAAGUGAUAAAAUUACUCGUCUUGAAGCUAAAUUAGAAUUUCUUAGCAAUGAAGUAAAUAAACUUAGGGGUUUAGGUAUCAAGUUGGGUCCGGAUGAUCGUCCGGAAAGUUAG